GAUUUCAGGCGCUCUAAUUUUUCUUUUUUAUUUGUAACUGACUAUGCUUCCAAGAAGAAUUUAUUCGCAUAUAAGAAAUGAAGUAAGGUUGCCUAUGUUACGUGUUUUCAUAUUUGAUAGGAUUUUUUCUUUCAAAGUACAAAUGGUCGCUGAAUAAAAUAAGUAUUGUCCCACAUUUCGCCUCGUCAAUUGUCUCAGCGCGCCGUUUAUGUACCGGUGACCGGUGUUGUAGAGAAUUUACACAGGAUUAUCAUAUUUGUGAACCAUAUGGUAUAAUUAAAGUAAUUGAUGAGGUCGUUGAAACUGUAGACCUGUGUUGCGUUUCUUCUCGUCAAUGAGAUAGCCUGACAUGUACAGAAACACUGGACAGCAUGGGCACAACCGAAUGCCCAUCAGAAAUAAGCCAUCACCAGCGUGGGAUGCGGGAGCCCAGAAUGUGAAGGUGUUCACGCCAGAUAGUGCAUCAGCUCAGCAUGGGGAGAGCCAGUGGGAUUGGAAUUCCACCGGCUGGGACGCUGCGCCCGUCACUCCAGUGUCCGCGCCUCCCACCAGCCACGCUCCCCCGCAGCACUUUCCGCCGGCGUCGGCCGGAUACGCCCCUCCGGCGAGCUCCGGCCCUGGCUUCCCUCCCAGCCACCAGCCGGCGGCACCACACCAGCCGGCGGCGCCACACCCACCAGCCAUGAACUACCCCCCGCCGGCGGGAGCGGCCUCUGGCAGCGCUCCUCCGCCGGCCGGCGCCGAGCCCUUCCCGGCCCACCUGGCGGCCAGCAGACCCCCCGCCAACAUGGCCCGAGCCAGCGGCCCGCCGGCCAACGCCGCCCGGACCGGCUACCCACCGCCAGCCGGUCCGCCGCCGGCCAGCUACCCGCCCGAGGUGCCUUACUCCGCGUCCGGCCAGCCGCCGGGCACCUUCCCUGGCGCCCCGCCGCCGGCGAACGCUGCGCAUGUGGCGCAUCCGCCGCCGCAGGCAGCGCCGGAUAGGUACCCGGGAACGCCGCAUACGCCGUACGCCGCGCACGAGGUGGCUGGUGAUCAGUACGGCGCUCAGACGGGACACGCCCCUGAUCUGUCGGGCUACCCGCCGGCCAGUGGUGCGGCGGAACCCUACUCCAACGAGGGGUACACGGGAGCGGAACAGUACCCGCCGAACAGUCACGGCUAUCUCCCCCCGGCCGGCGAGGGCUACCCUCCGUCCGGUGCUGCCCCGGGCGAGCCUUACUCAACGAAUCUAGACGCGCCUCCCGCGGGAGAGUACGGAGGUUAUGGUGCGCAGAACGGUGGUGACUGGGGAUGGGACAGUGGGUGGGGCGAGCAGCCGGCUUACAAUGCUGCUGAGACGCAACAAGAGCCGCUGCCGCCGCCCGCUGCGGGUCCUGGCGCGGGGCAGCAGAUUGGAGCGCCGGGACAGCACCCAGGACAGUCGGGACCGCAUCAGGGACCAACAGGAUCACACUCUGGACCACCAGGACCACAUGCUGGUCCGCCCGGUCCCCCGGCACCUUCGACCGAAGACCCGUACUCCAGCGACGGCUGGGGCUGGGGUGACGAGCCCGGUCCGUCCCAUGCCGCCGCCUCCUCCCAGCCGACUCCUUCAGCGGGAGCGGAGGAGGAUCUGGGCACUGUGGGGGUGUUCUUCGGAGGAGGGGACGACGACGGGUCGCAGGUGGAAGCUGUGACGGCCGGUGUGGCGCACCUACAGAUGAACGGGGAGGCCGAGCCGACGCACAACGAGUUCCCUGCCGGUGGCUCUGGCGCCCCUCCGCCGCCCGGCCCGCCGCUGGGUCACCGUAUGACCCCGACCGGGGGCCGGGCCGGAGACGACCCGCGCCCCGGCCCGGCGCCGGCCGCCCCGCCUCCCUCCAGCGCUCCGGAGGGUCCUCUCGGCCUGCCGACCCGCCAUCCGUCGGUGGAGGGCGGCCCGCCGCCGGCGCGGGGCUCUCUCUCGGCGCGUGGCUCCAUCUCUGAGACGGAGCGGCCGUCCUCCGUGGCCUCAGCAGCGUCCCACCGCAGUGGGGGUGGGACGCGCGGCCCGCCUCCGGAGCAGCGCGGCAGCCCGCUGGGUACCGCUGGAGGACCCCGCGCGCCGCCCGCUGUGGGAGAUGAGCCGGAGAACAGGGAGGUGCCGCCGCCCGAGGAGACAGCGCCGCACGCCAGUCAGGUGCCGCCGCCGUCUGCCGGCCUGGAGCGCACCCACCCCCAGGGGGACGGCUCUCCGGCGCCCCCGCCCCCGGCCGCCACCGCCGCUGGUCCAGAGCCGCGCGUGGUGCCCGGCACAGGCCCGCCCUCCGGCCGCCUCUCAGCAUUCGCCGCCGUGAAACCGACCGCUCCACCCCCCGGUGUGGACGCUCCCGGCGCCGCCCGACCGCCGCCCGACGGCCCCGCGGCUGACGAGGCCGCCGCGGCUGGCAGGGGACCGCCACCCAGCCGGCCGACUCCGAGCGACGCGCGAGAUACUCGCGAGAUCCGCCGCUCGCCGGACGGGCCGCGACAGCAACGCUCCGAGACAAUCGGCUCCGAGGACCGUCUGCCGGCGGCGGCGGCCGGCGCGCAGCCAGGCGCUCCCCCGCCGGGCCGGCCCGAACAGCAGGCGCGCCGCGGAGACGGCGAGGAUGAGGAAACGGAGGACCGCGAGGACACGCGCACCCGGGAGGAUAGGGAGGAACGCCGGGAGAGGGACCGCUACGACCGACGAUACGAAGAUCGUGGAGGGGAGAGACGGGACAGAGGAGAUCGCGACAGAGACAGAGAGCGAGAUAGAGAUCGUGAUCGUGAUCGAGAUAGGGAUCGUGAACGAGAUAGAGAUCGCGACAGGGAUCGCGAUCGAGAUCGUGAAAGAGAUCGCGAUCGAGAGCGCGACAGGGACAGAGAUCGCGACAGGAUUGAUCGCGAUCGGGACCGGAUUGAUCGCGAUCGCGACCGCGACAGAGACGAUAGGAGCUACUACGAGCGCCGGCACCGGUAUGACAGUGUCGAUAGUCGUCGGACGAGGACUACCGCGACUACGACCGCCGCCGACGGGAGGACAGGUACUCCAGGGACGAGUACGACGAUAG